GGAAAACAUUCUUUUUCUGGAUCUUCUUUACCGACUGGCAACUGUCAAGCUUUAGGUAAAAAAGUGUAAAAAAUAAUUUGUGGCCGCCUUUCAUCGGAGCUAACACCUGCUUCUUCGACUGUUCCGUGAAGUUGCGGACAUUGGAGUGGAAAUACCCAGCAAAAUCGCGCGCAAAGUAGUGACUGCCCAGCAACCCGGGUGAGAAGACGUGAAAAUCAAAGAUGGCUACCCAGUCCGUAAACAAAACCGGCUCCGGCUGGCCGAGGCGCACCAGCCAGGGCACCCUGAACGACAUCAGCAAACCGCAAGGAAAAGAAUCCAUGACGCUUAACCGGACGAUCAAUUUAUAUCCGCUCACGAACUACACAUUCGGCACGAAGGAACCGUUAUUUGAGAAGGACCCUUCGGUGCCGGCACGGUUCCAGCGUAUGCGCGAUGAGUUUGACAAAAUCGGAAUGCGACGAUCGGUGGAAGGGGUGCUGCUGGUUCACGAACACGGUCUUCCGCACGUCCUGCUGCUUCAGCUGGGAACGACUUUCUUCAAAUUGCCGGGCGGAGAGUUGAGUGCCGGAGAGGACGAAGUCGAAGGGCUCAAACGAUUACUGACGGAGACUCUAGGCCGGCAGGAUGGCGUCAAGCAGGACUGGAUCGUCGAGGACACAAUCGGCAACUGGUGGCGACCGAACUUUGAGCCCCCGCAGUACCCGUACAUUCCGCCGCACAUCACCAAGCCGAAGGAACACAAGCGGCUGUUUCUGGUACAACUGCACGAGAAGGCGCUAUUUGCCGUACCCAAGAACUACAAGUUAGUGGCGGCUCCGCUCUUUGAACUGUAUGACAACUCACAAGGAUAUGGCCCGAUAAUUUCGUCCCUACCGCAGGCACUCUGCCGGUUCAACUUCAUCUACAUGUAAGGCAACUGAUGGCAGAGAGACAGAUAGGAGAAAGAAGCACAGGAGCGGGUCCUUCGUUCUCGGCGAGCGCUUUGCUACACCAUCAUGCGCAGUUCCGGUUUGAUUCUCAUUCGACAAAUAACGCUGAUCUUCCUCUCCUCAAUUCCCUCCCGUAAAUACCUAAUAAUCCCCGGGAGGACAGUAGUUGCUCGCCGCCCCGAAACCACGUACCGGCUAGCCAAGGUAGGAUCCGUCCUGUGUGUAUGUGUGCGUGCGUGUGUGAUGUAGUGUAGUGAGGUGGCGAUUCGUCACCAUUUAAGUGGCGGAGCAAAACCCGUACCAUAUGAUUAAGGUGGACGCUGCUGGUUGUAUUGAAAUCAGCGUCCGACUCAUAAACCGGCUACGAAAUAAAGUCAAUGGAAAUUGGA